GGGUGGGGCCUUGGGGAGCUUCCCCGCUCAAUUUCCGCCCUGUCCAAUUCCUUCCUCCAUCCAUCCAUCCCUCCAUCCAUCGAGUAGAGCAGACCAGAAUAGAGUACGAUAUGUCCGACGAUAUCGAAUCCUUCAUCUGCCCCACCUGUUAUGCAUCGUUUCGACGCUCCGAGCAUCUCCGGCGACAUCUUGCAUGUCAUUCGUCGUCACGGCCAUUCAAAUGCCAAGCUUGCCAUUCUGGCUUCAAGCGUCGUGAUGUGCUACGAAAGCAUCUGCGAGGGUGCAGCUUGCGCAUUAAUCGGGAUGUGGCGAUGCCUGAACCACUUCCAGUGGGGAAGAAAGCCACGUCCUGCGAUCAAUGCGCCCACACGAAGAAACGAUGUGAUCGAAAAUUCCCCUGCUCAAACUGCGCGACCAAAAGUUGUUCAUGUACCUACAAGCGGCAAUCGUCUGCUUCGAACCGGACACCACUUACAACACUGGAAACUACGCGGGGCUUUGGCGAGGAGGAUGAGUCUGUUCCUGACUUGGAGGCCAACUAUGACUUUGCAGACAAUCUCAACCUCUCCAUACCGUUUUCUUUGCAACAUUCGACGGACCCGGAUUGGCUAGACUUGGACUGGAACGCCGAAUUUCCAUUGCAGGUAUCAGAGGAUUCUUCUAUUCAUAACGAGGUUCACAGCCAAAAUGUAGGACAAGGCUCGGGCUAUGGUCAAUUCGAGCCCUCUUACAGCCCACCAUCUACUUCAGAAGGCAACAAUAAAAAGUUCAAGCCAUCGUUUGACUUUCUGCUGAACUUUACACACCAGUCGGGUCUAAAGUCGGUGUUCAAUUACAAACGCUGCCGUUUACCACCAAUUACCACGGAUCACGCUUUCCAUCAACCAUCUCACCACCAUGGUAUUUCCUCUGAAGCUGUGUUAGCUGGAAUACAGGAAUCCUGCGGCAAUCUCAGGACGUCUGGUUCAAGCGGAAUGUCGUCGCAUCACGAUCAGCACAGAGUGAGUGUGGUAAGACUGAUCGAAAGCUUCGAUGACCCUCUGUUCGUUCAGACGAAAGCUAUUUGGGACAGCUUCCGUACCUCACGGAUAAGGUCAUCGAAAAUUGCCCUCCAAUCCGUGGAUGAUACCGAGCGCACCGACGAGCGUUGUUUACAAUUCUUCUGCCCUGAGAAUCUGAGAAAGUUCACUCACCUCUUCUGGGAUGAAUGGUAUCCCCACUGUCCCAUUUUACACAAACCAGCCUUCGAUGUCGUCUGCGCCCCGGUAAUGCUUCUGGUUCCCAUGGCUAUUAUAGGCGCCUGUAUGUCCCCGAAAGAUGAAGAGGUAGGCUUGGCAAAGGAGUGGCUGGAAUUUGGAGAAGAGAUUGUCUUCUCAUCUGCUCUCCUAUCGGCAGAGCCAGUUGAAAGGGCAGCCUCCGAUACCGAUAUUCCGCCUUUGAGAAUUAUACAAGCAGCAUAUAUUACCUGUAUUUUACUAAACUGGGAAGGGAAUGACACUAUGAAGCGGCGGGUGAGGCAUCAUCAUUUUGCUGCUGUCGUAUCGGCUGUACGAGAGAUCGGUCUGGCAACCUCGAAUCACUAUCCUCUUGACUUUGUCGACGAAUGCAGUUUUUCAUGGCAGAAUUUUAUUGAGCGUGAAGAAGUGAUUCGGACUUUCACAUAUGUAUUCCUACUAGACACAGCUUUUGUGAUAUUCAACAAUACCCCGCCCAGGAUGGUCCUUCACGAGAUGAAUCUCGAGAUGCCGACUCCAGAACCUUGCUUUCAGGCAGACAAUGCUAAAGACUGCUAUGUACGCUGGCACACCAACAUCUCCCAACAUUUCGCAAUUCCGGGCUCAAUGCCAUUGCUUCAAGGAGAAGCAAUCAGUAUUUUGAUGCGCGACACUUACGACGAGCACUCUUCUAGAUUUGCACAUCUGAGCAUAUUAAGUCUCUUCACUCUAGUCGCAGGGCUACACACUAUAGUAUUCCAACAACGAAGCCUAUUCACCUGUUUGCCGACGAGCUUGUUGCCUGUCCGUAGCGCAUUGGCGAGGUGGCAAGCUCUCUGGCCCAUGAGAAGUGACAGCGUCGAUAACACAGUGGAGCGCGAGUCGUGGCAGGAUACGGGCUUCAUUGGUCAAGCACAGGAGUUUGCUUGGCUUAUCAUUGCCCGUCUUGACAAGUUGGAGACACCGAGCGAAGCAAUACAUGCCAAUGCGAAUGAGCAGACUCCGCUAGCGGAGUCUGCCUCAGGUCGCUUAGAUGAUACUAGCAUGACCGUGGUGACGGACCUCAUGCUCAGUUUGACCGUCACUAGUAAAUAGGUGGAGAAGCUAUGCUGCAUCCUAUAUCAUUGUAUGUUGGUUGUCCGGCAUCAAAUCAAUAUUAGUUAAUAUCGCGCUCGAAUUUACUUAUGGGCUUUAGUAAGUUCUAGUUUCGGC